AUGCGUUACACCCCUUGUCACACGCUCGUCCCUUCGUCACGCGCGUUCCCCUUCGUCACGCGCGCUUCCCUCCUUCACGCGCAUUUCCCCUCGACACAGCCGCUUUCCCUCGUUACGCGCCCUCCUCUCCUUGUCACGUGCGCUUCCCCUCGUUACGCGUUAUCCUCCCCUCGUCACGCGCACUGCCCCCUCGUUACGCGCCCUCCUCCCCUUGUCACGUGCGCUUCCCCUCGUUACGCGCUAUCCUCCCCUCGUCACGCGCACUGCCCCCUCGUUACGCGCCCUCCUCCCCUCGUCACGCGCGCUUCCCCUCGUUACGCGCCCUCCUCCCCUCGUCACGCGCACUGCCCUCUCGUUACGCGCCCUCCUCCCCUCGUCACGUGCGCUUCCCCUCGUUACGCGCUAUCCUCCCCUCGUCACGCGCACUGCCCCCUCGUUACGCGCCCUCCUCCCCUCGUCACGUGCGCUUCCCCUCGUUACGCGCUAUCCUCCCCUCGUCACGCGCACUGCCCCCUCGUUACGCGCCCUCCUCCCCUCGUCACGUGCGCUUCCCCUCCUUACGCGCUAUCCUCCCCUCGUCACGCGCACUGCCCCCUCGUUACGCGCCCUCCUCCCCUCGUCACGUGCGCUUCCCCUCCUUACGCGCUAUCCUCCCCUCGUCACGCGCACUGCCCCCUCGUUACGCGCCCUCCUCCCCUCGUCACGUGCGCUUCCCCUCGUUACGCGCUAUCCUCCCCUCGUCACGCGCACUGCCCCCUCGUUACGCGCACUCAUCCCCUUGUCACGCGCUCAACCAUCCACUUGCGCUCUUUCGCAGAGGGGGAUGGACAGCUGAGGGGGGGAUGGUGCCAUGGUGAAAGAAUGAUUCGCAGGGGACAGGAGGGGAACGGGCGAGGGAGAUGA